AUGGGAGUGAAUCGUAAAAAUAAAGUCCAUGUUGCGCCAACAGAUGAAGAGCUUAGCCGCAUACCAAGGUCAUUGGUUGUUAUCAUUGGAAAACGGAGCAGCAAUGUACUUAAACUUGUGAGUGACGUUCGAAAAAUGCUUUUACCGUGGACAGCGAAAAAUUUAAACACCACCACCGCAAACACUUUAAAAGAUUUCAUUGCAGUUUGUGGAGUCUUGAAUAUCACACAUCUCUUCGUCGUCAAGCAAUCACAGUCAAACGUUUUGUUUCGCAUCUUUAAAUUGAAUGCCAAAGAGAAAAUCGAUAAAGUAGAAAACUCGAAUUUAGAUGCUGACGCUCUCAAAAAUCUUUGCAUAGAGGGUUUGUCUACGGUAGAAAUAGGACCCCGCCUCGACAUUACACUCGCUCAAGUCCAAAGUGGAGUGUUUAGCGGAACGAACCUUUGGGUUCAUCCAAAUUUUGACACCGAUAAAAUAAAAGUUGAAACCGUCGAUUUAGAUGACGAAGCUAUUAGUAUAGAAAAUGAUAAUGUUAAUGACCUAAUUGCGGAAUCCGGAUCAAGCUCAUUGGAAGACUAA